AUGAAUGUUACUGUUCUUCUUUCUUCUGAGCAGGCGGUUAUCUUACACUGUUCGUGGAAUAAUGAUUCGUUUAAGGUGGCCAUUAUUCACGGUGCAAAUAAUUAUUUGGAAAGGCAUCAAUUAUGGCUGGAUCUUCUUAAUCACAUCUCUGGACCUUCGGUGUGCAUUGGGGAUUUUAAUGCGGUAAAGGGCGCUCAUGAGAGGAGUAGUGAUUGUUUGCCUAGUGCCAUUUCUUGCAUGGAUUUUCGGGAGUUCAUUGAAGCCACGGGUUUCAUCGAGCCUUCCUUUGUUGGUUUGAAAUUCACGUGGUCCGGUCGUAGAUUUAUGCCGUCUCACGUUGAAUCCACUAUUGACCGUGCUCUUUUUCUGAAGACUUUGCGGAUAAGUGGAACGCGGUUUAUACGCAAGCUCUGCCUCGGAAUACCUCUGAUCAUUCGCCCCUUGUGCUCCAUUGAAAUGGUGGCUCAGUCGUGGGAACAGCAGGUGGAUAGCAGCUGCCCUAUUUAUGUUGUCAUGGCUAAACUUAAUGUCGCAGCCCGAUAUAGCCACAAAGAGCUUCUGGAAAUUCAGCAACUGAUUGCGGAUUAUGGUUAUUCUGAAGAGCUUUUUGAUAAAGAAGUUGCUGCUCAAGCUAGGAUUAAUACUACUCUUUCCAGGAAACACAGCUUGCUGCGGCAAAAGAGUAGGGUCUCUUGGUUGCAAGACGGAGACCGAAACACUGCUUUCUUCCAUAAGAUGAUGCAAUAUAAAAGGACGCCGCAUUUGAUCUCACAUUUGACUAUUGAUGGUUCUAUUGAGUAUGAUCAAACUAUUAUUAGCAACCAUAUUGUGAAUUAUUUUUCUCAGCUUUUCCACGAGACUAGCCAGGAGGAGGUUGAUAUCACUGCUAUUGAGGCUUCGAUUGAUCCUAUGAUUGAUAAUUUUCAUAACGCGCUUCUGACCAAGAUCCCUGAUGAGGAGGAAAUCACGGUGGCGGUUUUCAGUAUGGAUGCUUCGAGUUCACCUGGGCCGGACGGGUUCUCUGGAAAGUUCUUCCAGUCUUGCUGGUCGUUGAUUAGAAAUGAUGUUUGGAAAGCGGUGCGUACUUUCUUUGAGAAGUCUUAUCUUCCUCAUAGUUGUAACUCCAGCAUUAUGGUUCUUCUUCCUAAGAAAGAUAGGGUGGAUGCUGUUGGUGAUUUGAGACCAAUCGUGUUAUCUAAUUUCUUUUAUAAAAUCAACCCGAAGAUCCUGGCUUCGCGGCUUAGUGUGGUGGCUGCCAAAUUUGUUUCGGGCAACCAAUUUGGCUUUAUCAGCGGCAGGUCUAUACAUGAUUGUAUUAUGCUCGGUUCUGAAGGGGUCAACUGUAUGCGGCGCACUGGUGGAGGCAGAAAUAUGGCAUGUAAAAUUGACAUUUCUAAGGCUUUCGACACUCUUCGUUGGGAUUUCUUUUUGAAAGUUUUAAAAGUGGGUGGUUAUGACGAGAAGUUUAUUCGUUGGAUUGGAAUUCUUCUCCACUCGGCAAGGCUUUCUAUUUUGUAUAAUGGACAGUCUCAUUGCUAUUUUCCUUGUUCUAGAGGUUUUAGACAAGGGGAUCCUCUUUCGCCCAUUCUGUUUGCUAUUGCGGAAGAUGUGCUUCGUGCUCUUUUUAGAAAUUGUGUUGCUUCGGGGCACUUGGUUCCUAUGUCGAUGAAACGGGGCAGCAUCUUCCCUCCUCACCUCCUGUUUGCGGAUGAUAUUUUAGUGUUCUGCAAGGCUUUUACUGUCAAUGCUACUACCAUCCAGAAUAUCUUGUCCUUCUAUGGUUCUCUAUCAGGGCAGAGUUACAGCGCCGCUAAAUCGAACUUCAUCUGGACUGGAGAUGCGAACAAACGUCAUUCUCAUACGGUUGCUUGGGCGAGAGUUUGUGCCAUUAAAGAGGAAGGUGGCUUGGGCAUAUGUUCUUUCUCCAUGAUGAACAAGUGUUUCCUCAUGAAACGAGCAUGGAAUAUCAUUAGAGAGAGGGAGUUCGAUUAUGAUUUGAUGAGAGAAAGAUAUCUCAAGACCUUCGGCCAGGUUAAGGUAGUCACUGCUCCUUCUUCGAUUUGGUUGAGCGUUCGCAGUGAGAUUCCUCAACUUAUCAACGACUCUUACUGCUAUAUUGGCACGAGGGAUUUGACUAGUUUUUGGAACGAUGAUUGGCUUGGUUUCAGGAUUGCGGAUAAAUGUGGGGUGCCUCAUUUUGUUCGUGACUUUCUUACUCAGUCCGUGACGGACUACUUCUAUGAUGGUAUAUGGCAUUUUACACAGAAGUUCAUUGAUGCUUAUCCGGAUAUUGUAUGCGCCAUUUUAAUUCUCCCGAUCGGUGAUGAUCAUGAUACUAGAUUUUGGAAGCCUUCUCUUCACGGUGAGGUUACUUCCGCCUUGGCUCUUGCUCACCAUUGUCACAGAUUUCCGAAGGUUAAAUGGGGAGUGUGGAUUUGGGAACGGCAUAUUCCUGUUCGGAGAUCUCUAAUGCCGAGACCAUGGAUCAUAUUUUCUGGAGAUGUCCUCAAGUUAGGAUUAUUUGGAUUGAGUUUCUGGGUUGGUUUAAUCAAGGGAGCAUUUUGGACGUCCAGGAUAUUCAUAGCCUUUUGGUGGCUGCUUGGAAUAGCGAGCUUAGUUCUCAAGUGGCUUGCUUCUGGAAAGCUAGAUGCAAAGUUUGUGGGUAAACAAGUUAUUCAGUUCAUUAAAGUGGCGUUCCUUGAUAUUGAGCAGAAUAUUAAGAAGAUUGGUUGCAUGGCUAAUUCUUGUCAAGAUCUUAUGGUGUUAAGAAAUCUGGGGGUGAAACCGAGAGCUGCUCCUCCUCCGUCCUUUAUUAACAUCUAUUGGUGGCCUCCGCCUAAUCAGUGGAUUAAAGUCAACACUGACGGUUCGGCGCUUGGCGCUCCGGGGAAGAUUGCUGCCGGGGGUGUCUUCAGGGAUAAGUUCAGUUGGGUUUGUGGAUGUUUCCACACCAAAAUUCAUAGGACGUAA